AUGACACCUAGUAUCAGGUCCUUUGAAAUAACGAAAUCCGUUCACUGCGUUUUUACUCAGGAUUGGACGGCAAGAAAUUUGUAUAUUGCAUCCAAAGAACGAAGGUGGCGUUACGAGGAAACAUCCGAGCGCCAGUGGCCCCGAAUGAUCACCUCCAACCGCGCAACGGCAACGAACUUUAUCCAGCUAGCCUCAAACGCCACUGAACCAACAUUAAGUGAGUUUACUCUCGUGCCUAACUCCAGAGGGCUGAUCUGUCGUUAUAGUCUUCUUCGUGCCCAGCAAAGGCUCAUCAGCAUGAGUAUGUCGCUCAGAGUUACAAGCGCCUUGAGUUCAUCUCGGCCAAGCGAAUUCGACGUCCGCGUAUCUGAUCACCGACUCACGGCUCCCCCUCCCCUCUCGGACCCAAAGGGCGACGGCACAUGCCCUUUCAUUCAACUCUUCCCAUACGACGAUCGAGGAAUCCACUCGCUUGCACGUCAACGUGACCACCCCCACUGGGAGGGAUUUAGGUUGUCGUUUAGGACUACCUUGGAGGUCGCAUACACUUACACCGCUUCCAAUCACUUCUGGUCAAGCGCGCUGUACGGCCGUCAAUUUAGUUCUUCACCUGUAUCUACCGCAUUCCCGACUAUUGGCAUCAUCAACGCCAGAACUGUCACGUUUGUGUCCUUUCAACUCCUUUGGCGUGAAAUGGCUGAAGCAAGGGAGGUUCUUCCGUCAAGCUACGGAGUCAACCUGAGGAGUGUUAUGAUUAUAGGUUAUCGCUCCAUUACAAGUCGCGUGCAUAUUGAUGCCGUUCCAAUUCUUCGACUCAAACUCGAUCUGCUGAACGAGAAGAAGGCAGGUCCAUGGCGACACCGAGCUGCGGAUGGAUACGCACGACGGCGAUUCUACGCGGUGUGA